AAAUAAGUUGGCAUGUCCGGCCCCAAUAUUUCUAUCAGCUUCCCAGUAAAAAUGUACUCUUUUUUCUGUAACAUCCAGCUAAGUGCAAACGACUGCGUUUUUUUGGCUGAACUCCCCUGCCUUGCCUUCCAUUUCGCUCUGGUUCCUUCAUGGAUGCCAAGGGUUUUGCGCAGGUUUAAAUUUUAACACCUACUUAACGCUUCUGAUCGAAGUUUCUUGGUUCCACCAUGAGAAAGGUUACAGUCACAUUGUUCCAGCAUCUCACUCGCCGACGACUACAUCCUUUUGUUCCGUUCGUUUCCAAAUACAGCUCGGGUCCUUCAACUUCAUCAUCUCGGUCCGCACCAAUUAAUUCGCCAACCCAUCUCAAGCACUGCACUAAAAGCCAUGGAUUACUUACCAGAAGCAGGUUUCAGGCAAACCCUUAUCGAAACAUGGACACACUUGUUGAAACGCGCCCUCAAAUAUCAUCUAGGCAGCGAAAAAUAAAGGAAAAAUCUGAGCUUGAGGAAGCUUUUGAGUCUGCAGAAACCAGUGAGGACAUGGUUAAAAUAUUCAAAGAUAUGGAGGCAACUUUCGAUGAGAGGGAGCUGGGAUUGGCUGCUUUAAAAAUUGGCCUCAAACUUGAUCAAGAAGGUGAGGACCCUGCAAAAGCCCUGUCCUUCGCUGACAGAGCUUUAAAGGCAUUAGACGAAGAUAACAAGCCUUCCAUCCUUGUUGCCAUGACAUUACAGUUAAUGGGUUCGGCUAACUAUAGCUUAAAGAGAUUCAAUGAUAGCUUAGGAUAUCUCAACAGGGCGAAUAGGAUACUGGGUAGGUUACAGGGAGAGAACGCCAAUGUUGAUGAUAUUUGGCCAAUUCUUCACGCUGUACAACUUGAGUUGGCUAAUGUCAAGACCGCCACGGGCAGGAGAGAAGAGGCUCUUGAAAAUCUCAGAAAGUGUAUGGAGAUCAAAGAAUUGAGUUUGGAAGAAGAUAGUAAAGAACUGGGUAAAGCUAACCGUGAUUUGGCUGAGGCUUACGUUGCGGUUUUGAAUUUCAACGAGGCACUGCGUUAUUGUAUGAAGGCAUUGGAGAUACAUAAGAAGCAGUUGGGGAAUAAUUCUGUGGAGGUUGCACAUGAUAGAAGGAUCCUUGGAGUUAUAUACAGUGGGUUGGAGGAGCAUGAGAAGGCACUGGAGCAGAAUACUUUGUCCAAGAAGAUUUUGAAGAACUGGAAUCUUAACUCUGAUUUGCUGCGUGCUGAAAUAGAUGCAGCUAAUAUGCUGAUUGCUCUGGGAAGAUAUGAUGAGGCUACCGGUACUUUGAGGAGUAUUGUACCGCAGACAAAUGCUGAUAGUGAGACUCGGGCACUUGUACUUGUAUCAAUGGCAAAAGCCUUAUGUAAUCAGGAAAAGUUUGCUGAUUCCAAAAGAUGUCUGGAGAUUGCUUGUGGAAUUCUUGACAAAAGAGAAUCGACCUCCCCUGUGGAAGUAGCUGAGGCAUACUCAGAGAUUUCAAUGCAAUAUGAAGCCAUGAAUGAGUUUGAAAUUGCAAUUUCACUGUUGAAGAGGUCACUGGCUUUGCUUGAGAAGCUUCCACAAGAGCAGCAUUCAGAGGGAAGUAUUUCUGCAAGAAUAGGGUGGUUACUCUUGCUGACAGGUAAGGUGCAGCAGGGUAUUCCUUACUUGGAAAGUGCUGCUGAAAGAUUGAAAGAUAGCUUUGGGCCCAACCAUUUUGGAGUGGGUUAUAUUUACAACAAUUUGGGAGCAGCAUAUUUAGAGUUGGCAAGACCCCAGUCAGCAGCACAAAUGUUUGCAGUGGCUAAGGACAUCAUGGAUGUCUCUCUUGGUCCACACCAUGCAGAUUCAAUUGAAGCCUGUCAGAAUCUUUCAAGAGCUUAUGGUGAAAUGGGCAGCUAUGGUCUUGCAAUAGAAUUUCAACAGCAAGCUAUAGAUGCCUGGGAAAGCCAUGGAGCAGGUGCGGCAGAUGAACUUAAAGAAGCUCACCGACUUCUCGAGCAAUUGAAGCAAAAAGCCAGUGCUGCUUCUGCAAACGAGUUUCCCUCAAAGGCUCUGCCCUUACCUGAUACACCUCAACCACCUAGCAGCUCCCAACCCAACAUCUCAUUUCAAUCCAGCAGCAGAGUUUAGUUUAUUAGACUUUACGUUUCUAAUCAUAUGAUACGGGUAUUUGGUUGCUAGUUUCGAGUUUUCCUCACUUAGAAAAUAGAGUUUUUUUCCCCCUUCAGAACUUAGAAAAUAGGGUUUGGGAAUGUCAUCAUAAUUAAGAAUUUGUUUUCUUUCACAUACAAAAUCCAACCUUUUGUCACAAGUAAUCAACUUCCUUUUCAUAUAAAUUACCUAUUUUUUUUCCGAGCUUAUAGAAGCAAUGCAAGCCGGCUCCGGAAUAAGUGAUCAGGCGAAGAGACUCUAUCAUGCUAGCCAUGUAUUAGUGACAUUGCUCUCUGAUCUUGAUGGGUGUUGUCUUGAAAUAUUUCUUGAA